AUGGUGUCCAAGACGCGGCGGCAGCGGCAACGACGCACGGCUGUUCUCGCGGAGAAUGGCGGUGUUCUCCCACCGGUGGUGCCGGCGGAGCGGAAGUCUGUGCAUCUCAAGCGCACACGGCCAAAGAUGAAGGGAAAGAUGAAAAUACGACUCGGCCACGAAUCGCCAGUUGAUGUGUAUGAAGGCUUCGAUGAACGCCGCGGGGUUCUCUGGCGCUGCCCGAACUGCACAAAAGAAUGCCGCGUCGUUGGUUUCUGCGUGGACUGCGCGAGUGGCACAAAGUCCCGCACCCACACCGGUGUUCUCAUGUCUCGCCAUAGCACCGCAAAGAAGGCGCUCUCAUCGGGAACAGGCACAGUGAAGAAGACAAUGAAGCUAAAACUCAAGAAGAAGAGCAAGAGCAAGUAG